GCUCGAACGCUCCCGAUAGGUCUCCCCCAACCCGGAUAUUCCAGUGUUCCGUCAUGGUCGCUGAAUAAUAACAACAAUAAUUUUGAAGAGGCUUUGCACUUUUUUUGAACAUGUACCACCGAUACUGCAGACGAGCUGUUUUUAUCCACGUGCAAUGGAUAGUAAAGGCGGACUUGCCGAUAAGUCCUUACUCGACCUCUGCAGUCAGACUGGGAGUUCUGCAGAAGGUGAAUGAAAAGUGUGAGCGCUUCAUACAGCAGCGAUUUCCUCACUUUUCCAUCCUUUACCACACUCUGAGGAAAGGCUUUCGGCUCCUGUUAGAAGACGUGAAGGAAGUUGGCAGAAUAAAGAGGAGCAUGUGGAGUAAGGAGAUCCACUACAGAGAGCUCCCUUAUCGAGAAAUGAAGAGGCUCGUUCUGUUCCGACGUGACAUGGUUAAAGCCAUCCCACUGCUGGUGAUCUCACUUCCUCCCUUUGCCAUCGGCCUGGUGCUCGCCCUCAUGUGUUUGUUUCCACGUCAGCUGUUGUUUCGGCAUUUUUGGACACCGCAGCAGCAGAGAAAGUUCCAGAUGAUUGACCGCAUGAAGCGCUCUCAGUGUCAGGCCAAGAUCUUGGACAGCCUGGUGCUGACGGUGCCGCGUGUGAGCAAGGCUCGUCAGAGAACCCUGCUCAACCUCUGCUCCAAGGUUCAGGACGGGAAACACCCCAGAGUCUCUGAGGUCCAUGGCCUACGGGAUGUCUUCUUCACGACCUCUCCACUGGGCAUGCAGUGUCUGAAGCCUCCUCAUCUGAGGUUGUUAGGUUCUCAGUUCCCUGUAAUUGUGUGGUUUCCCAGCUUCCUGGUGCGGAGGCGGCUCACCACCAAAGCCCUGGACCUGCUCUAUCUGGACCGCGCCCUGCUGUGCCUCGGGCUCGAUCAGCUCGAUGAGGAAGAAAUAAGUCAAGCAUGUGACUUUCGAGGGCUGAACACUGGCCGGCUGACCUCCAGUCAGUGUAAAGAGUGGCUUCAUCAGUGGCUGGAGUUCUCCGCAAAGGUCAAAGAAUCUGAAAUUUCGCUCUUACUGCACAGUAUGACGCUGCUCACGCUCAACUACCCACCUGUGACCAAGUGACCUAAACACAAGCCCCGUAUCACGUCUCCUUCCUCCUGUUUGCUGAACAAAUCUCUUCACCUCGACUCACUGCGGUCUUCAUCUCAACUCUGUAAUGUUUACACACUUGCUUUUUAAUCCCUCCAUCACAGCAUUCCACUCACGGUCCUGUUUACAGCGUGCUGCCAAACCCACUCGCAUUUAAAGCCUGCAAGUUGAAAGCCAUUUGCAUAAAGUGACUCACUUUAUUCCUGUUUCAAAGACCAAAUUUGUGAAGAAAAUUGAUGGUCUGUGUUUUUGUUACGGCACUAAUGUUAUUUGGUGUGUUUGUGUUUAAGCAAUUUCAUUUGAUAUUAUAAUUUUAGACUUUAAUUUUCAUACCUCAGUUCUGUUUCGGUCAGUGAUUUGUUCAACCCUCUUACCAUUCUUUAUUUAAUCUCAGGUUACGUCUUCACUAUUAUUUCCAUUUUGUAUUGUUCAAAUCUUUUUUUUAAAAAUAAUUAUUCAUUGUGAAUUUAAGAGAAUAUAAUAUUAUAAAAGAUGAGAUAAGAAGUAAGUGUGGUGUUUUAUUGUCCAUAUAUUGCCUCUGUUAGAAUUUGUUAAACAGUGUUGCAUUAAACAGCCAUGCUGAUAUUCAGUAGGUACAGUAUACAACAGUUCCAAGCACCAUUUAUUACCUACAGAUUGUUGUUGUUUUUUUUCAAUUACCCCAGCUAUUUUGCUCUGCCAAGACAUAUACUUCCACAACUGGUGGAACUAACUAACUGCCUCUGGACGACAGUUAGUGUAAUUAACACUAAAAUUGGUUGUAAUUUCUUACAGGUACUCUGUAGCCAAAAGGUGAGCAGAA